UUUCUUUGGUGCACGAAAACCAAGGAGGCGAAACCCUUGCCCCUUUGCCCCUUGCCCCUUGCCCAGUUCUUCUUUGUCCCUGUUCCCCGCGACCGAAGAUCAAGGGCGAGCAUAAGAGGGGAACCCUAGCCCUUGCUCCCAUCAUCUUCUUCGUUUCCCUUUCCAUCAGUUGUUGAAAAUCCAAUCGGAGGUGAUUGCAAUGGCCGGAAAGUGAUUGCAACGACAGGAGGUAGACAUCCUUCUUCCCUGGCCAGCGUGUCUACUCCUCUUCCCUAACGUCAUCGCGGAAUAUAAAAGGACCAAGACCUCCAAACUGUUGCAGGCGCCAGAGAAGGUUGCUAGAUUAAAAGAGUAGAUACAUUGGGACAUACCAUUUGAGUUUGAUUAAAAUAGAAUGGCUGAGAAAAAGUCAUCCAUUGGCCUUGUAUGGGAGCCAAAAGUACCUCUCCCAUCAGUGACAAAAACUGGGCAUGAGGUAUUACAGAAAUUACCUGAAAAUGUGGUAUGGAAGCCUGAAAGUGAGCUUGUUGAUGGACUCUUUGUUCCACCCAAUGAUCCUAGAAAGAUGAACAAGUUUCUGCGGAAACAAGUUAAAGAUACUGCUGGUAAAAGCUGGUUUGAAAUGCCUGCCCCAACCAUCACUCCGGAGUUAAAGAAAGAUCUCCAAAUGCUAAAGUUGCGUAGUGUAAUUGAUCCAAAGAGGCAUUACAAAAAGGGUGAUUCAAAGUCAAAGACACUUCCCAAGUAUUUUCAGGUUGGUACAGUAAUCGAGUCUGCGUCAGAUUUUUUCUCGGGAAGGCUCACUAAGAAGGAAAGAAAAGCAACCCUUGCAGAUGAGCUACUUUCCGAUCGGUCCCUUGGGGACUACAGGAAACGGAAGGUUCAAGAGAUUCAGGAGCAGAACCACACAGUUGGGAACCAGAAAUGGAAGAUCAAGAGUAAGCAUUCCUGGAAGCGUGCUAAGGAAAGAAGGCAUGUUUGAACAUAGCAAAACACUAUCCUAUCUGUUUCAAUGCUUCUUCGAUUGAUAGGAAACUCCUAUUGUGGUGGACAUGCCUCAAUGCAAUCUGACAUUGUCCUCUUCCCUUCUCGAUUGACUGCGGCCCGGCCUGAUUUUUGUUGUGAAGGAUGGUCACUGCUGAAGGUUACAUUAACAUCUCAGUGUAGCAGAUGUGAAUUUAAUUACAAUAUUCAAUACGAUACCUGGCUAAUACGGAUCAGCAGAGACAGUACAGACAUCCCUUUUUUUGGUAAAAAAAUUCUGGUUUGAUCCCAUAUCAGUCCGAUACGUCCCAAUAUGGCUUAUACGUAUUGGUGUUGCCAAAGACUGAUACCGUGAACUAAACACUUCUAGAGGCACAGUUCACAAAUCAUGUAGUUAGAUUUAUUUUUGUUGAAUAAUAUACUCAUGACACAAUAAGAAAUGAAAACCAAAAUAUAAUCUAUACAAAUAGUAUCAAUAGUUUGAAUUGUUA